AUGACUUGCACUGGGGUUUGUCACAGCUGGUCUAAACACGCCACCCUUAUAAACAACUGUUAUCCAAAUGGUCCGAACGAGUUGAAUCCAAAGUCAAGCGAACUCUCAUAUCUUGUAUUUUAUGCAAGUUCAAAGCCCGCAAAACUCACAAAAUGUGGUGCCCAUUUAGAAAAAAGAGUUGCUAGCGAUGUUAAAAAACAUAAAAAGCAAGAUACAGAUGUUUCCUUACAAAUUAUUUCAAAGUUAUUAGGCUCUUGUAAAAAAGAUUUAAAUCUAUUUUCAAAGAAUGUAGUCAAAAUCAUUGCUGCCUCUUUAAGUACAAAAGAUAUUGAUCUAGUUGCACGAGCAUGUUCAGUGAGAAAAGGGCUUCACGCACUCCAAGCUGCGGUCACUUCUGAUGCAUUAUACAAAGCAAAAUCUAAACAUCAAUUGCGACAAAUCAUUCCUGCACUUUUAAAAAAUUUAACUGAUGGCGAGAUUGGUUUAGAACACUUACAAAGAAUCGAAAUGGAACAAAUGAAUAAUAAUGGUGAUGGUCAUUCAAACCCAAAUCAGUUUUCCAUAGAUUCUACAACAAUUUCAGCUGAAGGGAAUGCGCGCUUAGCUUAUAAUUGUUACAAACAAGUAUUUACAUAUGCCAAUACUUCAAAUAUUAAUAUGUCCCUUAAGCCAACCUUUGCCUUUCUAGAUGAUAAUAAUCUUUGGUUACCGUCAUCCUUUGGUAUUAGUUUAGCUUUUGUUGUCGUCUCUUCCUUGCAGCCGGUAUUUCGUCAUACAUUUGUUACCGAAAUAAUACAGCAACUAAAUUCAUUGAUUAAUGUGGCAGAACCUUUGCCCAAAAAAUACGCACUGAUCGAGAUGUUAACCUCAAUUCUUACCAAUAAAAUUAAUCUGGUCAACUAUUCGAUCCUGGAAGUUUUGGGUUGUUUGUUACGCCAUUUGUUAAAUUCUGUAAAAUUAAGGGAUUACAAUUUUGAAAUUGCAAAUUUAAAUAGUGAUGAGAAAGUAUUUGCGGCCGAAACCUCUUUGAUUGAAAAAUCUGCAGAACUGGAAAAAAUGAAUGCUCAAAGACUUUUCACUUGCAUAGGAAUCUCUAUUAGUGACUCAAGAAAAACUUUAUUGAAAUGCCUGGAUACUGUCCUUAAAAAGAAUAACGAAUCUAAAAAACUUUAUCCUCAAUAUCCAAGGAAUGAGAUUCAAAUUGAAGCAUUUCAAAAUACUACUGGACUUUGCUCGGAUGAUGAUCAUGAUUAUGUAACUUUAUCCACUAUUCUUCGUGCUCUAUUUAAUCGUUUUCGUGCUGACCAAAUUAUUCGUGGUGUACCAGUUGUCUUCAAAUUACAACAUGAAGCUAAGGAAGAGAAGCUUGAAAAUUACACUCGUCAACGAGCAUUGGCUAGCAUCAUUGUGUUAUAUUUUCAUGAUAUUGCAACUGUUUUUGAAGAUGAGGAAAAAUCCAACGAGACGAAUCAAUUAUUGCAACCAGUUGACAUUUGGCUUGAUCAUCAAAUUAUUGUGCCUUUACUUUGUAAACAUAAAGAAUUAACAGAUAUAGGCGGCAAACAAUUAGAGAAGAAUUUGAUGGCAGAAUGGAAUCCUGACGAAGGAUUUGAAAGAUUGAAAUCUGAAGCUUCAAAAAUUAGAUCAUCAAGAAGUUUCAGUGAUGAAAAACCUCAUAUUGCAAUCACUCUGCCUAUUUUUACUCAUCAUGAAGAUAGUUCUGGUGAUUUACCUAAACCAACUAUUAAAGUAGAAAAUUUAAAAGAUGCACUAGGUGUACAACAACAGGUUUCAAAUAAUACAUCCGAACAUGAUAAUUCUGUAGUAUCUGAUUUAGAAUCAAUUACUUAUUCAUUGAAUGGUGUUAAUGGGAAAAAAGAAAAGAAAACUCCUCAGAAAGAUACAACUGACUUUUUAUUAUCUUUAUCAUCAUCUAUUGGCACUAUUAAAUCGGCAAGUGCAACAAGUUUAAUAAAUCCGCCUUAUAAAUCUUAA